AUGAACGUGUGCCGAUAUGUCUGCUCGACGUGUCAUCUGCGACAACGGUUCCAGGCGCAUAUCCUGUCGCUACAGCAGGCAAGACGAGGCUUCUCUGUAAGCCGGACAGUCCAAGACCAGCAGCAGCAUAGUCAUGGCAAUGGGCAACGACGACAGUUUCAGUAUGGACAGCCGGAGGCUGCAAAUGGACAGCCCAUUCGAGGCCGCUACUCUCGACAACCACUACAGCCAGACCAGCUCCUUCAACAGCUGUCCACUCCACAAUCCAAGGAUAAAUAUCAAAUACAGUCACUGCCAGGCCCAGCGCUCCCUCCAGAGCUACAUGAUCUCCUCCGACGAUUCCUCGAUGUCCGCAAAUCGGAUCGAAGUCCUCUGGACGCCUCAUGGCCACUUCUUCAGCAACUCGCAGCCUCACCAGACGCAAGACUUCUUUCCAAGCGUCGAGACUUCGUCCCACCUUACAAACACCUAAUCAUCCACAUGAGCAGGAAGACGAUCACGGGGCCAACUGCUCAAGAGAACGUAGUGAAUGGGGAAGGGCGCGGGUUCCUUAGACCGAGUGAUAUCAUUGCGUUGCACGAUCGCUUCGGGAUUGAUCUCGGCGAAACAUGGGCGAAAGUACUGUGGCGAAUCUCAAAGAAUCUGCUAGGUAUGCGAGCACGUGGGUUGCCGGAGAAGUCACAGCGACUGAACCUGGAUGAACUGGUCACCAUCUGGAACUUGGCCCUGCGUGCUCGCCUGCAAAGACAUCGAGGUGAGACGACAAGCUCGGGAUCGAAUGGAAAGCUCGAUUGGACUUUUCUGCCCCCUAUUCACAUCUUCACUGAGAUGUUGCAUCGCUCCCGUCGGGGGAGUGCCAAGCUCUUCCUCGAGGACGGUCUGCAGAUGCUGUUGCCGGAGGUCAAAGAUCAACGUACAUUCGAGCUGGCCGCGAAGAGCGAGCCGGAUGAGGUUUACGACUAUACGUCAGCCGCAAUCAUCACACUGGAUGCUUUGCGCAUGGCUUCGGCGCAGCUGCGUGACUCAAGCGAGGCAGAUACCGUGAGCGAGAUGUAUGGACAGUUCAUUGAGGUUCUCGAGACUGUCUUCAGAGUCCUCCCGUCUGCGAUGCCACCCGCAGUAGCGCACUUCUUAGACGCCGGUGCGGACGGAGCCAAGAAGAAUGAUAUGAGGCGGGUUCUGAGAGGGGUUGGGGUCGACACGGGCGAGGUAGACUUGCUGAAGGCUGAAGAGCAGCUGGCAUCGACACCAGCUGCGUCUUCUGCGAACACAUCGGAUAGUGUAAGAGUGGCAGGUCGUGAGAAAGUCGUCGAUGAUAUCAAAUCCGAGCCGAUCGUAGCGCAGGAGAAGGCAGAGGAAGCACAUAUGACGCCUAUGUUGGAAGGACAGCGGGCUGUGGUACUCUAUGCUCACGAAGCAGGUGAUGCGGGCGAAAUCAGCGUCCAAGGAGGUCAACAUGUUGUCCUGAUCGAAGAUGACGAUGGGAGUGGAUGGAUCAAUGUGCGCAUCGAGGUGUCUGGAGAUGACCUCGCAAUUCAAGGAUUCAUACCGGCCAAUUAUAUUCAGACCGAUGAUCCGCGUGCUUAUGAUGCUCUCUCGGCAGAGCUUGACUCGACUUCUCUAGAUGGCGAGACGUCAUCUGAGCCAAGCAGACCCUCAGCUGAAGAAGCCUCGACGAUUGCUCAAAGUGCCCCUCAGACAGCACAGACACAACCACAAGACGUCGCCAGCAGAAGAUCGGUCUCGCCAGUAGACGCUGAUGAGAUCGCCGACCGUUUUGUGAAUCUCCGCAUCAAUCGACUCGGACAAGCGAUGCAGAAACACUCCCUCACACUAGCCGACAGCAUCAAGCGCGAGGUCCUCGACUUCGACUCGAGAGCUAGCAGUCCGGCUCUACGCGAUCAGAUCUACGAGCACCUUCUACGUGCUCUCCUGGCCCUGCACAACCCAACCGCAGCCCUGGAAGUCUGGAAACAUUUCACGCAGACGUUGGGUCGUUCGCCGACCGUCAAGACGUACACGGUUAUGAUGCAAGGGGCGCAGCAUGUGAGGGAUGUGCAGGGUGUGGAGAGGUUUUGGAGCGAGAUGGGGAAGGCGGAGGUGCGGCCUGAUGUUAAUGCUUGGACUACCAGGAUCUUUGGGUUGAUUCGUGGUGGGUGGGUGGCGGAGGGAAUGGGGGCGGUGGAGGAGAUGGGGAGGAGAUGGCUGAUUGCUGCGGCAGAGGAGAAGCAGAGGAUGGACGGUAGGUCAGUUGGUGGUCAGGGAGGACGGCGAGGACGACACCAGGCUCAACAACCUGCGGCGCUGUCGUUAGCAGAAGCCACGAUGCUCUUCCCUAGCGACAUCAAUGGCGUCCCUCGUCCUUCGCAAAUCGCUAUGAACGCUGCUAUCUCUGCUCUCGCCACACGGGACGAUAAACAGAUCCCAAGCGUCCUAGCUUGGGGUCGUUCCUUCGGCAUCAAACCGGACCAAACGACCUACAACGCCCUCCUCAACAUCUGCAUGCGCCACGGCCGGUUCGAAGAAGCCGAAGGUAUCCUGACGCGUAUGCGGGAAGAAGGUAUUGAGACGAGUGGCGAUACGUGGACCGUCCUGCUCACCCUCGUCUUCGAGCGCGGCCAGCUGGAGGAUCUGAGUAAAGAAGAGGUUCGAGAGAAGGUCAUGACCCUCAUCACUUCCCUUGAAGAAGGCAGUGGCCAACCUCUGGAUUCGAAAAGCUACGCCCUCGUCAUCGACCGCCUACUCAAACGCCACGACAACACCGAGGCUGCGAAUACCGUCCUCGCGCAUAUGCUCAGCAUGAACCUGACGCCGAGUCCGCAUAUCUACACCAUCCUCAUGACUUCUUACCUCUCUCCUACGCAGUUCUCCACCUCCGCCGACUUCAACGACGAGGCGCAAUUCCAACGCCCACCGGACUUCGAGGCCGCGAGCGCAUUGUGGCAGCAUAUCCAAUCUGCGAAUGGUGGCCGCGGCGCCCCUGUCGAUGCGAUCUUCUAUGAUCGCGUUAUAGAGGCGUACGCCACGUACUCCCGCUCUCCGGGUUCGACAAAAGAACUCACAUAUUUCCUCAACCAUAUGCGCAGUCGGGGUUUGCGACCCGGUUGGCGGGCGUUGGAACUCGCGUCCAGGGCUCUGGCGGAAUCUGGGGAGUGGGGGCGCGUGAUGGACUUGGUGGAUUUGGCGAGGAGGGGUGCUGGAAGUGGUGGGGAGGGCGGGUUCUUGGUUGGGCAGAGGAAUUUUGGGGCGAGAGGGUUUUGGGAGUUUGUGGUUGGGACGGGGUUGUUGAGGGAGGAGGGGGUGAGUAGUGUUGAGCAGGUGAUGAUGGGGAAGAGUGGGAUGGGUGGGCCACUGGGUAGGGAGAGGGAGAGGAGGCGUAGGGUGGGGAGGUAG